AUAAUAUUAGUAUGGACGUGUAGGUAGGUACCUGCUUAUUAUUAAAUGAUGUUUAAUUAAUUAUUAAAACCUAUCAGCUAAGUACCUUCAAUAUCAUUGAUUCAUUGCAUUUAUUAGCCAUGUUAACCGCUUUUCACAAAGCAACAAUUGCCAUAUAAGCGGUUGUCUUUGACAAUUUUUUCAUCAAAAAAGUAAAAUAAUAGUUCCAAGAAAUACUUAUAGAAAAGAAACAGGUGGCAAUUGUCCCUUACCGGGUAUCCGUCACUAGAUCCGCACAGCGCCGCGCAGGUAGGGAUGAGUCACCGUGUGCCGUGUAGCGAAAGUAUUAUUUAUUCAUGGUCUCACUCAUUAGGUAAACUCUCCAGUACAACUAUACGGUUGAUGCUUGCAUUCGACUUAAACCGAUUACUAACAUGUGACGUGGAGCUUUUCUGUAUUUGCAUCAUUUUACAAAAAAAAAAUUCAGGCGAAUUGAGAACCUCCUCCUUUUUUUGAAGUCGGUUAAAAAACGAUUGACACCUAGGGUGUCCCCGAGCGAGGAUGUCGCGGCUGAUGCUAGCGCUGGUGGUGGCGAGCGCCUCCGCGCAGCUUACCCUGGACGGCGUGCGCUGCGGGCAGCUGCUGUGCCAGCAGGACCAGUACUGCUCGCCCGAGACCAACCGCUGCGCGCCCUGCGGCCUCAUCUGCAACACCACGCAUCACAACUACGACGCGGGACUCUGCGUCAAGGAGUGCCAAGGUUACCUGUUGGAUCUACGGUACAUGCGCCGGUCUGAGGGGCCAGAGACAACUACAGAUUAUGGCAGCGUGGAGCGUCAGGCGCGCGCGGCGCUGAUCCUCAGCGGUGUGGCGCUGGCCGUGCUGCUGCUGGCGCUGGUGCUGCUUUGCCGCGCCAAGGUCUCCUGGCGGUAUAUCAAACAGAAGUUCCAGCCUACUAAGAAUCGCGUAAAGCAGUAUCCUGCAACGGGACUCACCCAUCACAACCCUCACGCGGAAAUGCCGAAACCGAAACCCGAUCUUAAAAUAGACAUACCGAACCCCGAACCACUGAAGCGGCCGCAGCCGCUAAACGCGCGGGACCUGGAGACCAGGACCUCGCACACCGACAAGAGCCAGGGGGCGACGACCCCCAAGACGAUGAGCACGGCGCUCAGCAACCGCCACCCCGCGGAGGACACCACCCUGGACUUCUCCUAUGACAACAUGGGCAUGAAUGUCACUCCUCCUGAGCGCGCCGCCACUAGUCACAAGUUCUAAUGCUGGCGGUAGCCACUAGGAGACAGAUUUUUUGAAUUUUAAGCGCACGAUUUUACCAUUCCAAAGUGAGAUGCUAUUUUCUAAAUAAAGCGCUAGGGAAUCUAGUGGCAUUGACUAGUUGUUUUCAAUUCUAUUAGUAGAAAAAAUGGGUGGUCGAAUUUCAAAAAUCGGUCCACAGAUUCAAGACUACUUAAUCUAACUAUUAAGAAUCUCCUUGUAUCAGCGUACGACACGAAUCUGAGCGACUUUAGUCAUCUCUUUAUAUCGUAGACUCAUUCGAUAGUUGUAACUUGCAUCUAGCGCGUAGAUAGAUACUAUUUAUUAUAGGGAACACCUAUAUUUAUAUAAGUUAUAUAAAUAGUCGAAGAGUUCGUAGUUCGUACUCGGCCCUUCGUUGUGCAGCUCAAGUAUUGAUUUCGAGAUUAAAUAUAACGUUUUUUUUUGAUAAAUAAGUAAAUGAAAUAUGAAUAAUUGACUGAAGGAGGACUACA